GAACGAGAGAGGGAAUAGCAUAGAGAUGGGACAGACAAGGAGAGAUACAAGACGCUGGCAAGUACAACAGCAGAGUCUUAAGGAGACUAAGAAGACAAAAGCAACAGCUCUUAAACACAGUGUUAACUCUCAACCUGGAAUCUAAAGGAAGAUUCAGAUCUUUGAGGUUACAGAUUCAGCUAUGACUCGACUGGACGCUGCUCUUCAACGCUCAGACAGUCACGCUCUAAUAGAAAUGCAGAGCAGAAGAGGAAGUACAAGCACAAGCAGAAGAGAAAGCGUCAGCAAACAACAAACAGAGAACAGAAGAGAAAUAGAACAAAAUGGUAGUCGUGCCAUUUUUCAGAGAGCCAAUCGCUUUCUUUCACAAGACCGUGAUGACGGCAGUCAAUCCGCUCCAGUGCGCUACUUCGAGAGAGGCCACCCUUUACCGGCCAACCACAGUCCUGAGCGUAAAGCCAUCAUUCCCUUCCGAAACCCUGACCUGGGCCUGCCGUCCUAUAGGAGGCGCUCUGAUUAUCUUCACAAUGAGGCCAUGAGCGGUCUUUCUCCUCAGCGACACAUGACCUAUUCAAACUUCAGACGUAGCGACAGCCAGUCUCGUGCAAGCCCUCGCUCUGGGAGUCCGAGAUCUACGAACGCCUCACCACAAAGGCAGGCAGAAUCUCGAAGUUCAUCUCAUCGAAGAAGUUCUGCAACCCAUGGACACCGAACAUCUCACACGUCCUCCAGACAGGCAUCUGGGAAAUGUACUCCUUCGCAUAGACGAGGUUCUGUAGUCUCUGUAAGCUCUGGAACAAACAAAUACGCUGAUUCGUUCAGCCCCGUCCACAAAAGAAGCCCCUCCCAGAGUUCUUACGGGCACAGCCUAGAUUCGGAAAAGUUGUACAAGAAUCUCAAAUCAAUUGCCAGUUCGGCAGAGUCAGACGCUUCGGAAGACAUAAAUGGCUGGUCGAAGGGGAUCAAUUCUGAUGUGGAAAUAGAUGGUGAUUAUAAGGAACGCAACCACGGCAGUCGUCAUAGUGGUCGCAAUAGUCGAAAGAGCGGCCAUAACACUGGUUACAACAGCCGAGAAUUCUCUCCAACUGGAGGCUACUGUGAAAACAACAAAACAAGUCACAUUGGUCGAAAAAGUGGUCGCAACAGUCGAAGCAGCAGAAACAGUGGGUCUAACACUGGCUAUAACACUCCUGGUACCUCAACCCCUUACAGAGAACAUAACAACCCUGGUCAUUUUACUCCUAAAAAAUCCAUUCAUAAUGCUGAUAGGAAUGGAGCAUACUCAGAUGUUUCAGAUAAACAAUCCAGAUCAGGGUCCUGUCAAUCACAAAGCUCCAACCACACCCCGAUAAGCCCCACCUCUCCUGCAUCAACACCAAACAUCUCCCAAUCAAGGCGGGGUCAGUAUCAGGUAGCUCCCAGUGAUUUUACCAAAUCUCAAACGUUAAGUGCUGAGACAAACAAACCCGCCACUGAUAGGAGCAGAAGCAAUAUAAGGCGGGGAUUGGAGGCCUUAAUUCUUUCCGAAAAUACCAGAUCGUCCAGCCAGCCACCAGUGCCAGAGAUGACCAUAGAGGACUAUGUGAUAAUAGCGGAUAUUCCCCGAACUAAGCUGUACCCUGAAGAGGAAGAACCAAUAAUAGUAAGAAGAAGACCACAGAGCCAAAGUCCACGCAGAGACAAUCAGCACAGUAGUGUGGAUGGGAGAUACGAGCAUGAGGGUUCAGAAGAGAGAGGCAGAGGAAGAGAGAGAGAAAGAGGACGAGACCGGAAAGAGAAAGAAAGGAGACGUCUAGAGAAAGAAAUAGACGAGGCAUCAAAAACCAGUAGCACUGCAUCAGGAUAUUCACAGAGGUCCAGUGACAUGUAUGAAGACAACAGUAGGGCACUAAACAGUGCACACAGAGGUCCAGUGCACCCUCAGAUGCAGCUCGACUCUUUAAAGGGAUGGAUGUUUAUGUUGGAUGAGGAUGAAGAGUGGAGGAAGUACUGGUUUGUAAUCACAGAUUCAGGACUGAGAUACUAUAGAGACGCCGAGGCUUUAAAGAGAGAUGAGUCAGAUGGUGAGAUUUAUUUACAUCACUGUCUGGGUGUGGAGGAAUUCGAUGCAGACAAAGACUAUGGGCUUCAACUACAUAUGCGCGAUGGGCUGGUGACCCUUUCAGCCAUGACCUCCAGGAUCAGGAGGAACUGGAUCAACGUACUGAGGAGCCAAAUUUCCUAUGGGGAUUCAGCUGAAAGCAUACAUGACAACAGUGACAGCAGUGACAACUCUGGUUUCCUGAAUGCAUCCUCCCAAAACCCUACCGCAUCACAACAUCAGCACAACCAGGGGUCAGAUAACGCCGGCCCAUAUCAAGGCGAACCCGACAUGACGUCAUCACCUUUAAGCAAUCGCAGAGAGGCCGGCGAAGGCCGUGACAAGGACCAAGAACGGCGACUGGAGGAUCGAACCAAGUGGUUCCAGGAGGGUGUUUCGGACCGGGAGGGUGAGGACCCCUGGGAGAGGGUGGAGCUGAAAAAAGGUGCACUGGCUCCAGCGGUUCUGACCCAUCCUCAGGUUGACGACUUGCAGACUGGGCCGGACAUAGAGAGAAAAUGGGCGGAUUUCGAGCAGCUUCCAUUUGGAGAAUUGAGGACGCUGUCAUCAGGAGGUUCCCAAACUCCAGAAGCGACAAAUGAGAUUCUUCAGCGAGAGGUUCUUUCUCUGCGGAAACAGAUUGACGCUCUUCGGCAGAGACGCGCGGCGGCCGGCGUCGCAGGUCUGUGCGGACCUGACGCACCCUGCUCUCUUAGACUGGAGCAGAUUGAGAGAGAGCACAGAGAGAGACUGCAAGAAAUGGAAAGAGACAAACAGAGACUCCUCCAAGAGGAGGCGCACAAUACUGUUCAAGCUAUGGAGGCUUUGAGGAAGUCUCAUCAAGAGGAGAUCGAGAAACUGAGGAGGUACGGUGGCGAAGAGCCAACAGACCCAUCAAUAAGAAAACAGCUGCGUGAGUCUAUUUCUCUGCAGCGUGAGGUGGACGGUCUGUCCGAGCGUUACUCUCAGCAGUGCAUGGAGCUCAUCCACAGCGCUGAAGAUAGAGAGGGAGAGAUCCGAAAGAAAGAGAGAGAGAUGGAGGAGCUCAGAGGAGAGAAUCAGGAACUACAGGCGCGUCUGACGGAGGAGAUAAGUCUCAUGCGAUCAUUUAUCACGGGUCAAAGGUCAGGAGUUGUUCCCCUCGGAAGCUACGAAAGGAGCACCUCGGAAUUAGAGAUGUUACUGAAAGUGAAAGAGAAUGAGGUGGAGUAUCUCCACAAUGAGAUCAGCUGUCUCAAGAAAGAAGUCCAAGCUCUGACUAUGGAAAAUAAAGCCCUGAGUGAGCGCUAUAAGGAGGUCCACGUCGAGCUGAGUGAAUUAAAGGGCAACAGUGAAAGAGAGAUUAAUGCACUUAAAGAACAUCUCAAACUCACCAGCACUGCUCUGGAUGAGGGGCAUCUCCACGGCAACAGCGCCAACCAAUGAGAAUAUAACAGAGGGGUGCUAUUAAAAAAUUUGUGUUUCAUGACGGUUUGGUUUUGGUUAUAUACAUACAAUAUGUUACAUUGAAAGAGACCAACCUGUUAUUGGUUAAUUUUUGAAAACAUAAUUCUUCAUAGUGAUGCUGAAAGUAAUUAAAGGUGCAGUGUGCAUUUUAGCGGCAUUUAGUAGCGAGUUUGCGUAUUGCACUUCUUCAUUUCGAAGCACAAAGAAGCUAUGGUAGCCACCACAGGACAAAACUAUCAUCGUCUGAGAUAACGUAGUGACAAACGCGCUCUAUAGAGCAGUUUGUCCGUUUAGGGCUACUGUAGAAACAUGAUGGCGCCUUCCAUAUAAGGGGACCCGCAGUGUAUGGAGCUAAAAACGUCUCAUUCCAAGGUAAUAAAAACAAUACAGUUCAUUCUGUAAGGUCUUUAUACAGCACUGAAAACACAGUUAUCUAUAUUAUAUUGCAUUGUUGUCAAAAGAUCUUUCUUACAUGCUGCACCUUUAAGUUAAAUUAUUUAAGAACUGAUAUUUAUGUUACAUUUAUGGAUUAUUAAAGUAUUUUAUACAUAUUAAGUGAAUUGAUAUGUAAAAUGAGCAUUUAAAACAAUAAAAAUUUGAUUCU